AUGGAGUCAAUUGUACAAGAUCCAGGGCUGUGGACACACAGUAUAGUGAAUCGGCUGAAUCAAAUAAAGCCUGUCGAUAUCGAAAAAGAAUCUGGAAAGCUUACCAAACUUCCAUUCUGCAGAUACGCAGCUCUAAAAAGCAUAGCGAGGGAUAUUGAGGUCUUGCGGAAGCAGAUAUACUUCAGCGGAGGAGAUGCAAAACGAGCUCUUGAUGAAAAACUUCAUGUUUUGGAUCGGCAGGUUCAGGAUCAGCUUUUUGAAACUGAGCGUCAGAUAAAUGCCACAUACACAGAGAAAGAAAGAGAAAGACAGGAGAAGAUUGAGGCACAGAAUGCAGAUGAGAAGACAAAAAAGCAUCGAGAAGAAGACAAAGACUUGGACGUUGUCCAGGAAGGUGAAGAAUCAGUUUCAACACUUCGAAAAAGGCUUCUUUCUACUGUGAAUAGCCAAACCGAAUUGGAUGUGGUGCAGAGCACUGAAUCAAAGAACGCAUAUCAAGAAUCACUUCAGCAGGAUUUGCUUGAAAGUCUACCGUCAAUGGUUAGUGGUGUAAAGGAGCAGGCUCUUCAAUUCCAAGAUCUAUUAAAGCAGGAUGCAGCCAUUUUAAAAGAGGCCACUGAAAACUUUGAGAAAAGUCACGGUAGAUUUGGUGUCGUUAAUGAGAUGCUCGCUAAAUAUCACAAGGAGGGGAAGUUGGGCAUCUUUUUCUACAUACGGGUGAUAGCGUGUGUUGUAUUGGCCUUUAUACUGCUUGUUUUCUUGAUCAGGCUUAUUCCGGAGAGACACUGA